AUGACCGGCGAUUGUGAAGAGAAAGCUCGGCCACACUUGUUGUUCGUACACAACGACCGUGCCGUCUACCAGAAAUAUCGAAGCUUGAUCAAGGAUAGCGGACUGAUGAAAGAUUACCCCAGUGUGACGAUUGGAGAGAAAAAUACGCUCAAGUUGCUUGCAACGGGAAUGGUUGCUCGCGUUCGACCAUUGGCGGCCACAACCAGUGACAUAGCUUCUAUGAUCAGUAUAUUUGGCAACAGGAUAUUCGUGGGUCCUUCGUCCGCAUCCACAUCUCCAAACCAUGUUGCCACUGUUGGGGGGAUUAUCAGGCACGGUAGUGAUGUUUUCAUCUUCUCUGCUGGACACCCUUUCAGCUCCAGUCCAGAUACCUCCGAAUCUCAAACGGAGCGUCCCAUGAAAGAGGGACACACUGAGAAGCCUGGAGGUGCCGCAACCAUGAAAACGCUUAACGAGGCAGGGUCACGUCAACUGGACCAGGUCAGAGGACGGUUUGCUCCAGACUUACACAUGCACGCCUUGGACUUGGCAACCGCUUCGCAUCUUCGACUUAACCUCAGCAAAUCUCAGACAGCACACAAUCAACCAACCGGCCAAAUAAAAGGAGACGAGGCAUUCGGCUUGGCACAGAUUCAGCGGUUGCAGCGUGAUCAAUUUGCCGAGAAAGAAACGAACCCCAUCGUUUCCAGCAAUUUGGACUAUGCACUUGUCAGACUUGCGGAUGGUGGAGUGGUCGAGAACUUACUUGCCAACACUCCGUUAAACAACCGGAGGUCUACGGGGACCCUACGGAGGACCAACAUUAUCGUACCAGACUCAGAUGAUGACGCCAUCGAUGUUUUCUGUUGUACUGCGUCUGGGGGACUUCUGACUGGAACGCUGGAUGGCACGCUUUCGCAUAUCCGUCUACCAAACAGCAGCACGUUCCACGAAGUCUAUGAAAUUCAGUUCGAUGCCCCUCUUGCGCAAGGCGACUGUGGCUCAUGGGUACUGGAUGCAGGAACUGGUGACCUCUACGGCCAUAUAAUCGCCGGCUGUGAACGCGAGGGGAUCGCAUAUAUCAUGCCUGCUCGAGACGUUUUCGACAACGUACAGGCACGCCUUAACCAGGGUCUGCUAGUAGAUUCUGACCUUGUCCUGGAAACAUUGUUGACAUCCGAAUGCCCAGCGUUCUCGGCCGACGCCGCGCAGACGUCCACAGGUCCAGAAGAGCGCGAAAUAGCAUUACAAAUAGCAAAUCCAACAACACCAGGUGUUGCAUCUGAGUGCACCCAGCACAGUCACGCCAUCUCCCAGGGGCAGAAGGGGCUCCAUCAGUCAGCGUCCGAGCUUCGUCCUUGUGUAGAGCCAUGCAGAGCGUCAUGCAAAAUGACUGUUCAUAGUGCAUAUUAUGGACCAUCAUACGAGGAUGUACAAAGGUCAGGAGAGGUUUGCAUAGAAUCUGACGCAGUAAGAACGAUGCCCGAAUCCGAUCCCUCCCCCCAACCUCAACCUCAGCUUCCGCCCGAAAGCACAGCACACGUCGAUGGGUGGCCUGCCGAGUUCAAGAGACGACGAAACUUAGAUUUAGCAAUGGAGAACAGACCUUACAUUGACGUGGCGGAGGAAUCUCGUCACCUUCGGGACAUGAUCAGCGAGUUCAUGCAAGAUCCUGAAGGAUACGGCGGCUCCGACCCCCGAGCGGAUAAGGUGAGAGACUUCUGUUUGGGAACGAGCCUGGGCGCUAUCCGAGACCAACAGGCAGCGCCUUAUGUGGCGUGGCUGGAUGAAAGGAGUUUUGAAAAUGGCCAGUGCUGUCCACGGGCUUACCGUGGACCGCUGACAGCGCGCGAGCUUUACGCUCAGUUGAGAAAGCCGCGCUUUCGACCUCGGUCAGCUCCGGAAAUGGGACACGACGAGAAUCUAUCGAAAAUGGUUGCUCCGAUGAAUAUCAAGCGUCGACGUAUGAGAUAUCUUCGCCAUUUCAAUCCCACAAACGCAAUGGAAAAUCUCAACGAGACAAAAACUCAAAAGCCAGCCAGUUCUUUCAGUAAAGGGGUACAGAGUAUGGAGCCAGAUGCAGAGCGGCGGCUAAUAUUCAUCACCGAUUUAGACCCAGCAAGCAUCUAUGCCUUGAUAUCCACGGUUUCCAAAACCCAGGCCGCCCCUCUUCGAGACGCAAUAUACAAGCAUUUGGCAUUCCAGGCGCACUUCGAUGCAUCGUUUUCGUUGGGCGGAUUUCACGGGUUCCAGCUCGUUUUUCACCUGCCAUACUUCGCAUGGAGGAGGUCGUCCACUCAACCAAGGCUAGAUGACCGUCGCUAUGCAGACGGACGCCCAUUAAGAGAUAUGGUGGAUGUCUCUUUCCUGGACCCGCGUCAGAUCAAUGGCCGCGACUGCCUUCACGAGGCCCAAAUAUCUUGCGUCGUAGCCGGCCUGGACGACCAUCGAUGGGUCGCUUACUGCUUUGUUGACACUUACUUCGACGGCGAAGAUGAAUGGAGGGAAAGUGUGGUUGAGUAUCACAGGGACCGGGAGUCUGAAUAUGGCUUUAACGCCGACCCCCUCACAUACGGCAACGUCGACGCGGAUAUGCCAAUCCGGGAUCCCAGAGAAUAUUUUCUCAGGGUUCUUGAGCAUCGACUCUAUCAAGUCCGGCGCGAAUGGUUAACGGUAAUUGACAAGAUAAAAGAAGAUGUGCAGCGACAAGACCAUGAUCGAGCAAACGACAUUACAAAACGAAAACUACCUCGAACCUUCGAUCAGCACGAGCGCGAGGAGCUCAGGAGGUCACUUGAAUGGUGUUUGGAAUUCAUGAGACUGUCGACACAGCUGCGCGAUACAUUGGGUCGGACUCUUGCUGGCUACGAGAAAUUCGACCAUCAAUAUCUCUCCUCCUGGCAUUGCGGCGCUCGGUCUCUCGACGCCAUCCAAACAACAUUCAAUGAACUUGCAUUGAUGAAGUCUGAACUCGAAGCUGUGUUGCAGCGUUGUACCGGAAUGGUUCGCAGUGUAAGCCCCUAUGAUUAUCACACCACGCUGUUUGCAUUCCUUCAGGAGCACUAA